UAAUGUCAGCAUUAUAUUUGUGCAUAGGGUAUGUGAAGGGGUAGUGCAAACGAAAAACGAUCGGAGUCAGCCUACUUCACAAGCUGUUUUUACGUUUUAAAUGCUUAGGUGCUAGCCAGUUGUUGGGAUCACUUCAAUAUCUAAUAUAUCCGCAGUCUGAGAAAAUGUGUAUUGGCAGGGUUUUGGAUGAGCUUGUAAAAGCAUUUGUAUGCUCUCUUUUGUUGAUUUGUUCUGCUACUUAACAGCAUGCCAGCGAUGCAUUUUGCUAGUUAGGACACACUAAUGACGCAGUUUCACAAGUGGUUUAAGUAUAUCUGUGUCUGUGCUGCCACUGAAAGUGGUGGUACAAGCCCCACUUCACCUGCCACCUUACUUGAACCAGUCCUUGUGCUUCUGUUUGGAUGGGUGGAGGAACUGCUCUAUCUGAAAAAGUCUCGUUUUCUGUUGGAUCAGUUCUCUUCUCUGGCUGCUGCACAAGUGCUAUUGCUGACACAGUUGGUGGUAUCAGGAAAACAUGAAAGAGAAGGUGGGACUAUCACUUUCGCUUGCAGUCAAGUCUUUGAUUGCAGUUUCACAGUCAGUAUAAUCCAGUCACAAAUUACAUGUGUAUUGAUUACAUGCUUUGUUCUUGUACGUUUUACAGAGGCUCUGUGCUACUCAAACUAUACUACUGUUUUUGUGAGCUCUUUGGAUUGCAAAUUUCAAGAUGAUUCCUGGUUCAAUUUAAACAGUAACUGCAAAUCAUGAGUUAUGCUUUUAUUUCCAAAAUAAUUUUUGUUCUGGGAUUGCUCGUGUUUAGCUACAAUCCAGAUGAGGAUUACUUUGGAAAUUGUAAAGCACUUUCAUGCAGCCUUCUUUCCUCAUCGUUGAAGUGUGGAUAUCAUGGUGUAAGCAAAUCAUAUCCUUCAUGCUCCAGUGACCUGUGAUCUUGAUUUCAAAUUUCAGCGAUGUGGGUGCACGGCCCCUCUGCAAAUUAGCCCAGAAAUACUUAAAUAAGGAGGAGAGAAAAGAGUCUGGCAGAAGAAAGAGAAAACAUUUGAUGUAAGUCAGUGAUAGCUGUGUUGGGAGUAAACUACUCAGUCAGUGUAGGUAGGGGAGAUAUUCAGGUGCGAUUCUUAACAUCUCAAGGAAAUUUUUGUCAAUGUUUAGUUCUACCAGCUUCUCUGUUCUGGCUGCUUCUCCCUGGUAUUUCUGCUCCUGUUAUUUUUGGUUUGCUUACUCUCCCCUGUACCAUCUUUUUGCUCCCUGACCAUCACUCAUUCUUGCUCAAGUGUCUUGGAGUUUUCAGGUCCCAGAGUCCCAGCCUCUGUCUGGCUGCAGGGGCAGACUGUUAUUUUCUUCUUGAGAGUAUAAAGCGCUAUAUAGUAUCAUUUAACCUCCCUAUGUGAGAAAGGCUGUAAUCUCUACUGCUGUAGGAACCAUAGGGUUUUUUCUUUUUUUCCUUUUUUUUGUAUUUUAAAAAUCUCACUCAUGUUUUAUUAAGUUGUCUCUGCAAAUGGACUUUUGUGGCAGGAUUUUUAGAGCAUGCUACUGAAUGCAAUUAACAGGGCAAGUCAUUAGAAGCAGAACUUAUUUUAAAUGCAGUUAGAACAGGGAGCCUUAAGCAAAAAUACUGAAAAAUGAACAAGGCUGCUUCACUGAGCUGAGGAACAUGCAGCUGCUAUCACGUAUCUGAUACACGUUAUUAUGUUGCGCCUUUAUAUGUAAGCCAAGAACUUCUUUAACUUAAAAUACUAGCAAAAUGAAGACUAAGGAAAAAAUAACUUUUGGAUUAUACAAAGUCAGAAAAAUGCCAGAAGCUCGGUGAUCCUGGUCUGCAAUGCAAUGCAGGGAAAUGAUACUCAGUCUUUGGGAGGCCCAGUAUGGGAUAAGAUACUUCCCUGUGCUCGAUCGUCCUAUCUUCAGACUGAUGCACUAAUUGUUACUAACUCGCUAUCAAGUGAGUUCGGUCCUCAACUACAAGUGUGCUUUCUGCAAUGAGGAUUCAGUGGGAGAGAGGUAAUUUGGACUUGACAAAGAUAGGAAGGAAAACGUAUCCUUCUAGUUGGAAGAUAAUCUUAGGUACUCGAAGAUAUGACCAGUGGUCUUGUUAAAACACAUGCCGCGCUCAAUUUUGCCUCAGAAUGUGAUUUUGUUUAAAGAAUAUCAUCUUUUUAAAUUUCUUAAAACAUUUUAGUAUUAUCUGUUAAAGCCAUACUUGCUAAAGAAAAAUAGUCUGUACUUCAAGCUCUGGACGCUCUCAGUCUGAAUGAUCAACGGAGAUAAAAAUCUUAACAAUUUUAAACUAUAAAAAUCUAUUAUGUGGAAAACUAAUAAGUGACUCAACAAAUGUUGCUUUUAUAAACUUCAGAUUUGGUUGUUCCUGACUUCAUGAUGCUGAAGUUGUGUGUCUUGUGUUUCCAAACUGUCCAAAACUGAAUUUCGUUCCAUGGAUGAUGGGAGUUGAAGAGGUAUCCGGUGACUUCCUAUAGAAAUAAUCCUUUACGUGCCAUCACCCACAACAGUUUACUUCAGAUCCUCCUGCUAGCAGCUAUGUAACUGAAAACUUGCAUUAAUUUGGGAAGUAUUCGGAUGAAUUUCCUUAGGGUUGUGUCUGACAGCCAUGUCACCUUUUUGAUCUCCCGCAGUCUUGUAAUUUAAGGUGGGACUGUGUUUGUAUGUGAACCUUCUAGGAAAAAUUACCUGUACGAGGAAGUGCUGUUGAUAUCAUAUACUUCACCUAUGCAGAGUGCAGCGGCCUGUGCUGCAGGUACUAAUAGCUCAGCGGAGAUGUAAACUGAGGCCCUAACCAUUUAGGUCAAAAGCUUCUAUGAAAUGUGAAUAGGAGCACUCGUCUUGGUAUCCUGCUGGAUUUCUGACUUGAGUAACUUAAUUAAAUUCUGAGUAUCAAUCUCAAGUAGCCUCACCUAGAGGAAUCUAUUUAAACUAUAAACCUACUAAAACUUUUUGCAGCACUGUUAACCUUGCUGGAUUACACUUCACAGUAGCCUCCGUGUCAGUAAAGGUACCGUAUAUGUGGUUUAUAAUGAGCUUUGGAGUCCUUCACAAUGAAACGUACUUUAUAAAUGUAAGAUUGCCCUUAUUACAUUUCUUAUCUCUUGUCUUUAACGCUUUGUUUUGUACAGCAGGAUAUGAUCCUUCUUCUAUGUCCGGGCUUUGGCCUCACACAGUAGGUGUAAUAUAAUCGCUGAGGUGGGCGUUCUGGAAGGAGAAUUAUUUUUGGAGGCUUUUGCAUGAAACUUGUCCAAUGAGUCUGAGACGCCCAAGCACCAUUAAUUUUGGAGGAAAAAGAUGGAGUAUUGCAUGCUGGGAACAAGUGCUUUCCAUAAGGUACAGCAGCAGCUCAUGAUGCCCCGUAAAGCUUUUCUUUCCCAGAAAGAAAAGCAGGCUCGUGCCAGGGAAAGGGAUAUGUUAAAAAAGAGGAGGAGGCGACAAGACUAUCUCAAAAGAAGCGUGGAGCCGCAGAGAAAUACAGAAACAAUAAAAUGGCACAGGGAUGAUGAGAAGAGGAGAGAAAAUGAGCAAGUUAAGGACAAAGAUAUCAAGAAGCGGUGGAGACAGGAUGAGAGAGAACGACGAAGGAAUGUGGACGCUAUGAAUUGGCGCAGGGAAGAUGAGAAGAGGGAAAAUGAGCGAGAAACUAUGUUCCAACUUCCUGUCAACAACCUUGGCAGUUUAAGAAAGGCCCGGAAAACUGUGAAAAAAAUACUUAGUGACAUUGGUUUGGAAUACUGUAAAGAACAUAUAGAAGAUUUUAAGCAGUUUGAACCUAAUGACUUUUAUUUGAAAAACACUACAUGGGAAGAUGUAGGAUUGUGGGACCCAUCGCUUACAAAAAAUCAGGACUAUCGGACAAAGCCCUUUUGCUGCAGUGCGUGUCCAUUUUCCUCGAAGUUCUUUUCUGCCUACAAAAGCCACUUCCGGAAUGUUCAUAGUGAAGACUUUGAAAAUAGGAUUCUCCUUAAUUGUCCUUACUGUACUUUCAAUGCGGACAAAAAGACUUUGGAAACGCACAUUAAAAUAUUUCAUGCUCCAAAUGCCAAUACACCGAGUGGAGGCAUCAGCACUUUUAAAGAUAAAAACAAACAUGAUAGCCUUAAACCUAAGCAGGCUGACAGUGUAGAACAAGCUGUUUAUUACUGUAAGAAGUGCACUUACCGAGAUCCUCUGUAUGAAAUAGUUAGAAAGCACAUUUACAGGGAACAUUUUCAGCACGUUGCUGCUCCUUAUGUAGCAAAGGGAGGCGAAAAGUCACUCAAUGGUGCAGUUCCGUUAAGUUCCAGUACCCGGGAGGAGGGUAGUAUUCACUGCAAGCGAUGCCUUUUUAUGCCGAAAUCGUAUGAAGCUUUAGUACAGCAUGUGAUCGAAGACCAUGAACGUAUAGGAUAUCAGGUAACAGCGAUGAUAGGUCACACUAAUGUAGUGGUUCCAAGAUCUAAACCUUUGAUGCUAAUAGCUCCAAAACCCCAGGAUAAAAAGCCUAUGGGACUCCCUCAGAGGAUGGGUCCCCUUUCCCCUGGAAGUGUUCGAUCUCUUUCAUCACAGCAGAUGAUGAACAGACUCACUAUACCAAAGCCUACAUUAAAUUCCGCAGGAGUGAAUAUGAUGUCAAACGUUCACCUACAGCAAAAUAAUUACGGAGUCAAAUCAGUACCACCAAGUUAUGUUGGUCAGCCAGGGGGAAGGCUAAACCUAAGUGGCAAUGCCCCAGUUUCUAUUCCACAGCAAUCUCAAACAAUGAAACAGUUUUCAAGUGGAAAUGGAAGGCCUUACACUCUUGGAGGAGAACAGAGAUCACAGGCCUCAGCAAGAUACUCUCUGCAGUCUGCCAAUUCAUCUUCUCUUUCAUCAGGUCAGUUGAAACAAACAUCGUUAUCUCAGUCACAGGCAGGUUCAAGAGUAUUAGGUCAGUCUGGCUCAAAAUCUCCUGUAGCUGCUACAGGUCCUUCUGCUGUCAAUACAUCGUCCACACAAAAGUGGAAGAUCUGUACAAUCUGUAAUGAGCUGUUUCCUGAAAACGUGUAUAGUGUCCACUUUGAAAAGGAGCACAAGGCUGAAAAGGUGCCUGCAGUAGCUAACUAUAUAAUGAAAAUACACAAUUUUACUAGCAAAUGUCUAUACUGUAAUCGCUAUUUACCUACUGACACGUUGCUUAACCAUAUGUUAAUACAUGGUCUGUCUUGUCCGUACUGCCGUUCUACCUUCAAUGAUGUUGAAAAGAUGGCCGCUCAUAUGCGAAUGGUUCAUGUUGAUGAAGAAAUGGGACCUAAAACUGAUUCCACUCUGACCUUUGAUUUGACAUUGCAGCAGGGUAGUCACACAAAUAUACAUCUUCUUGUCACAACCUACAACCUGAGAGAUGCUCCUGCUGAAUCUGUAGCAUAUCAUGCUCAGAAUACUCCCCCAGUUCCUCCAAAACCACAGCCGAAAAUCCAGGAGAAGUCUGAUGUACCUGUAAAAAGCUCUCCACAAGCAGCAGUUCCCUACAAAAAAGACGUGGGUAAAACUCUCUGUCCUCUGUGCUUUUCAAUCCUAAAAGGACCCAUCUCUGAUGCACUUGCACAUCAUUUAAGGGAGAGACAUCAAGUUAUUCAAACAGUUCAUCCAGUUGAGAAAAAGUUAACUUACAAAUGCAUUCAUUGCCUUGGUGUAUAUACUAGUAACAUGACUGCCUCAACUAUAACGCUGCACCUUGUACACUGCCGAGGUGUUGGGAAGACUCAAAACGGCCAAGACAAAGGUAAUUCAUCAUCUCGGCUAAAUCAGUCUCCAGCUAUAGCACCUGUAAAACGUACUUAUGAACACAUGGAAUUCUCGCUAAUGAAGAAAAGAAAAAUGGAUGAUGAUGACUCCCCCUCUGCCUUUGAGGAGAAGCCAGAAGAACCUGUAGUUCUAGCUUUGGACCCCAAGGGUCACGAAGAUGAUUCUUAUGAAGCCAGGAAAACAUUUCUUACAAAGUAUUUUAAUAAGCAACCGUAUCCCAGUAGGAGAGAAAUUGAAAAGCUGGCUGCCAGUUUGUGGCUAUGGAAAUCUGAUAUUGCUUCUCAUUUUAGCAACAAAAGGAAGAAAUGUGUUAGAGAUUGUGAAAAAUAUAAACCUGGUGUGCUGCUUGGUUUCAACAUGAAAGAAUUAAACAAAGUUAAACAUGAGAUGGAUUUUGAUGCUGAAUGGCUGUUUGAGAAUCAUGAUGAAAAGAAUUCCAGAGUCAAUGUUAGUAAGACUGUUGAUAAAAAAAUAAACAUAGAGAAAGACAAUGAAAGUUCCUCAGACAGCUAUGAAAACAUAGAAGAAGAAUACAAUGAAAGCAGUAGUCCAUUUGGUCAACGAAUUUCUGACAUGGGUGGGAAAACCUCUUCUGAUAGCAUAGUGGAGAACCCAGAGGACAGCAUAUCCAAGGAGACUGUUGAGGAAAAUACUUUACAGUCGUCUCCGGAGAAGAGCGAUCAAAAACAACAGGAAAGUUCUAAAUACGAAGAGAUUAUUUCUGCUGAAGAACCAACAAAACUAGUAGGUGAUGUUUCAGACAGUGAAGGUGAUCAGGAUGAUCAAGAUGAUGCUGCUGAAUGGAAAGAUGGCGCUUCACAAUCUGAAAGUGGGCCUGGUUCUCAGCAGGUUUCUGAUUAUGAAGAUAAUACAUCGGAAGUAAAACCAGAGGUGUGGACAGAUGAAUCCUCCCAAAGUGAAGAUGCUGGCAGCAGUAAACCGCCUGUAGAAACAAAAGAGGGUGGAUCUGAAAGUGAUGAAGAACAGUCAAAGUGGAAGAAUCGUUCCUAUGGAAAAGUAGAAGAGUUUUGGUCUAAGGACCAGUCACAGUGGAAAAAUGCAUCAGAGAUUGAGGAGAGCUUGUCAAAUCAGCAGAUGGAAUGGCAGAAUAGCACAAUUGACAGUGAGGAUGGAGAUCAGUUUGACAGUGUGACUGAUGGAGUAGCAGAACCAAUGCAUAGCAGUUUAACUGGUGUGGAGCUGAGUAGCCAGCAAGCAUAAGCUGCGCAAUUCAGAAGCGGCAGUAAUAUGAUCCAAUCUGCAACUGUCUAAACACUUUCAUUUCAGUAUGACUGCAAAGCUUAAAUUCUAACUGGUACUGCCUUUUAAGUGCUAGGUCAUGGCGAGCGGUGGUUGUGGCCACUACUAUUCCAGUGGUUGUUUAAAUAUGCUGUUGGCUAAUCUUGCUUGAGAGUAUCUGCUGGGAUGAGCACAGUAACUUAAUGUGAAAACGGAUAAGCUGGUGGCUCUAGAAUGCACACAAUGAAAAGCAGAGGUUUAUUUUAUCUGCAUUUUCAACAUUUAUUUCACUCUUGUACAUGUUCAGUUGUAUGUCUUUUUAAACAUUACCCUUUUUCACAUGGUAGUAUAGGGCCAACAUAUGAGCUACCAGUUCAACGUGUAUAGUAGACUAUGGGGAAAUUGAUUUUUUUCAUGUAUCAUUCUGAAUAGUUGAAAUGUAUAUUUGUACAGUCUUUUAGACCUAUUCAAGUGAAGCUUAUGAAAUUGUUCUUGUGUACCCAUCAUAGAUUUGUUUCUCUUUUUUUAGUGUUGCCCUGCUGUGUAAUAAAUGCUGUAUCUAGUUUACCUAGCAAAAGCUUGAAACUGCUAUAGUAUGAAUUUUGACAAACUUAGUUUUUGCACAUAACCUUGUACAAUCUCAAAACAGAGGCCAGCAACAUAAAAAAAAUAUAUCUGGACUCUAUUGUAUUAUAGAAUUUUCUUGUUCUGAAUAUCCUUGACAUUACAACUGAUGACAAACGUAUUUCAGAGCCAUUUUCUGAAAUCUUUUAAGCUAAAAAAAAAAAAAAAUCACAUGCAAGAAACAAGUUUGCAGCUACUAAUUUUGACACCUUUUAGAUCUGUAUAAAAGUGUAUUGUGUUGAAGCAGCACACUGAAACGAAAGUGCUGUGUUUUGGAUAUUUAGUUUUAUCUUUAGUUAACACCAACAAGGUGUUGUAUUCAUUUAUACCAUCUAAUAUAUGACACACUGUUGUAGUAUGUAUAAUUUUGUGAUCUUUAUUUCCCUUUGUAUUCUUCAUUUAAGCAUCUAAAUAAAUUGCUGUAUUGUGCUUAAUGUAAA